AUGCCAAAACGUUCAAGAUUCUAUGGGAAACGAAACUCUGAUUCAUAUGAUGACAGUUUAACUGAGGCAGUCAUUUCCGGUUUGAAAAACAAGAAAGACGAAAUCAGGACUUUUAUCCCUACCGACGAAGAAAUGGAUCCGAAGAGGAAGAUAAGAGAAGAUAACCAAUCGAAUAAUCUGUUUCAAUAUCCUGAAAAAAUAAAUGAAGAUGACGAUGAAUUUCUUGAAAAUGAAGCAAUUAUCGAAAAAAUUGAUGAGAAUUCGCUAUUGGAUGAAAUUCGAUUGCCAUCAGUAAACAUCAAUAAUAAAACAUCAGAGGAGUUCCUUGAUACAAAUCAGG